AUAAAAGCCCUAAUUGUGGGAAUCCAUUGACUGUGCAGUGCUAAAGGAGCAGCACCUAGUAGUUACGUACAGACAAUUAAUAUAAUUGUUGGCAGACGGACAGAUCCAGACUGCGAAACUAGGACAGUAGGUCGCACUUGAACUGCAGUUGCUGGAGUGGAUUGCUUAGUUCUCAUAAUAUAAAGCACAAUGGAUGCUACACUAAGACACGGGAAACAGCAUGACUCACUUUUUCCUGCCCUUAUCGACAAAAUCUACUUUAGGGCGCCUCAGCCCCAUUUGUGAUCCAGAUCCAGUCCAAGUCAAACACGGUUCACGUCUCGCCUCCAGACUCCGGCUGUUUUUGUAAUUCUGACUGUCGACGCUGUGGCAGAUUCCUGUUCCUCCAGCUGUCGUGCCUGCACGGGUUGUGUGUUUUGUGCGAUCAUCUUUUUGCCGGACCACAUUUGUCGCCACUCAUUUGUCCUGUAGGUACUGAAUACAGUGAAACCCCCGCAGCUGGAAAGUUGUUCCAACCUGACUGAACUGACCAUGUCAGCACAAAAAGUCUACGUUUUACCACUCACACCACUGUUUAAGUGCACACUAAGACACGCAAGCACAUACAUGCUCCUUUCUGCAGCUAUUAUUCCUGGGAAAAGGGAGGUUUGGCAGGUAUCAGUGAUAAAUAGCCUUGGUAUUCAAGGUGUCUGCUUCACCUCUCAUCUCCUAUUUAGCUCUUUUGUUUGCAUCACAAUCGCUGCAGCAGCUCAAGUGGUUUCUCUGGCCUCCUCAGCCCCACCACAGUGAUUAUCAAUCACAGCCUUAUCUAUUAUUAUGACAAACGACUACACGGUGCACGUGGAUAUCUGAGAACGCGCUACAACCCUGACAUUAUUACUACAAGGUGUUGGGUUUUUAACUGCUUGUCAGUUAUUGCAAAAUGCAUCGUUUUAAAUGACUGCCUUCAACAAAAGGUGACCCAAUAAACCAAAGUGAUGAUUGCUGAUGGCACAGAGCCUGGUACGUUUUACCUGGCAAGGAGCGCUUUCAUCUCUCCAUCGCGCGUCACGUCUCCUAACUGCUGCCUCACGUACGCUGCUCCUGGCCGAGAGCCUGCAGAUGGGACAUAUUCAGUGAAAUGAAUCUACUAAUGGUCAAAUCCAGUCAAAGCAGCUCUGUUGUUCAGGAUUUGUUUGCAUUGGCUGCAUAGUAUUCUCUGUGGUGGUUCAGGUCCCACGGGUGGCUGUGAAAGAAGGCACAACUCAAGCACAAUCAACAGAUAGCUACUAAUGGAGCUGGGCUGUUGUUUGUUUUCCUGGCCUCACAGGCCAACGAUGUGACUGACACGUUGAAGCAAUAAUUAACAGUGUCCCACAUCAUAAUACUGUAGAAUUAGGCAUUUAGGCGUGAGGAGGAGCGGAGUACAAUGUCUCUAACCUUAUUAUUUAGCCUGGGUACAUGACGUAGGGCACACCCAUUCACAUGAACAGGCUUGCAUUAGCUACUUGACCAAAAAGGCUUGUGCAGCGCUGAUAUGAUGAUGCUCAACCACUCAGGCUGAAGUUCAUGAAAGGAGUCGCAUAUCUGUGCACAGUGAAUAGUGAGAGACCGGUGCCAGGGCGUCCUCUAAGGAGGAGAAAACGCAGCUCCCAGCUUGUUCCACUGACCUCUCCUUCUGGCGCAUCACUCACAUUUGGCGCACACCUGCGCACGAACACGUGGGCAGCAAUUAUCCACUUUAUCCAAUUACACUUAAACCGCAGAUGAUCGGUAAUUGGGGUCAUGUGCGAACGCUGAACUACACAAACGUCCACGUGACAGAAAAGGCAUGAUUUCAUAUUAUAGAGAACCACAGUAAUGACACCCUGUCCCUCACUCACACCAGCCAAAGACGCGCACCUGCGCUUAAGGGAUGGUUACUCAGCACUUCCCUCAAUACUUACACCCACCGGAAAUCAACGGUUCACUGGAACGCGUCCAGCGGGAUACAAAUGGGUUAUUACACCCACUCCGUGUCAGUGUCCCCCGCUCCGCUCAGGACAACGCUCUCCUACAGGCAGUCGGACUUUUACCGAUGGCGAGUCGAUCCUGGCUGACGCACCGAGCUGCCCUCGUGCUCCUCGCGUUAACCUGGAGGCACGUCGCGUUUUGCGGCGGACUCACAGCGGAUCCUCCCGAGGACCUCGAAAUACUGGAUCCUGGUCACCUCGGACGCCUUGAGAUUAGAUGGAGCCCCCCGUCCAGCUCGGUCAGUGCGCGAGAGUGCUCAGUGCGCUAUCAGCUGGAAUACUUCGACGCCUACCAGGACACUUGGUCUGCCAUCCGGACCCCUAGGAGGUCAUACAGCGCCCAGUUUGAUCUGAUGAAAGACGUUAGAGUCCGGGUUUACACGUUGCUGAGUGGACCCUGCACUAACGGCACGACGAUCCAGAGUUCAAGAUACACUGAAGUGGUCCAGAAGGCUCCUGCUGCAGGUGCAGCAGUGCAGGACGUAACCUGUGUGUUCCAUAACAUGGAGUUCAUGGAGUGCAAGUGGAAAGCAAACCCCAAAAUGCCGACCGACUCACAACUAAAUCUCUAUUUCUGGCACAAGGAGCUGGAACAUGCGGAGGAGUGUCCAAAGUACAUCAUUUCAGGUGGAAUUAGGAGUGGAUGCACCUUCAUGGGAAACUCUCUCCCUGAUUUCACUGAUAUUAACCUUUGUGUCAACGGCUCCUCCCAUGAGGGAGCGCUGACACCAGCUUUCAUCUCCCUGCAAACACAGAACCAGGUGAAGCCAGGAACAACAGACAAGCUGUAUCUGCACACAGAUCGUGACGCACAGCUGGAGUUAGAGUGGGAGGGUCCUGCAGGGGGGGUCCCUGGAGACUGCUUGGAGUGGGAAGUGGAGCACAGUCGACAGGGACUGGAUGGACGCCUGACAUCACAGCACAUUUUGACCCAGGACACGAGUCUGACCGUGAACCCCGGCCCCAGAAACGAGCGAUACUGCUUCAGAGUUCGCUCUAAACUGCACAAGUACUGUGCACACGGCGGCUUUUGGAGUGAGUGGAGUCGCCCGACGUGUCACCCAGACUUCCCAGAGUCUGAACCAGGGUGGGGCCAGGUACCGAUCUAUGUAUAUGUCGCAGUGGGCGUCAUCAUCACUCUGGUGCUGUUGAUGAGUGUCUGGGCAGUGCUUCAUGUGAGUCGAUGGCGACAGGACAAGAAGCCGUACUCUCUGCUCACCAACCUCUUUGCCAGGAGCUCACUCACAGUGGUGGAGGCCUAGAACCACUGUUUGACCGUUAGGCUCCGUCUGUCUUAUUUUACCACGCCUCUGCCCGAAGAUCGUACCUCGACGCUCUCAUGAUGCCACUAUGAUCAGCUGGGAUUGUACACUUAAUAAUCCAUCAUGAAGAUGUUAUAUAAUACUGAAGACAGCAGUGAGUUAGUCACAAAACCUAUAACCUUUACAAUAGCAGUAUUAUAUCUUCAGCAUUGUAACCUGCCUUUGCCUUUUAAGUGUGUAUUUAACAAAAGCUUGAACUACUGAGACGUCACCUUAACUGGAAAUGUAAUUCUCAGAUACCAAAUCAGGAUUUGACGAGUCAUUAAGCCAGAGGUCGUUGGGCAAACUCCCAUUCUUUGGGAAUUUGUGUUUAACUGUUUACUUUUGCCUCAUAUCUUGCCAUUUAUUUCAGUGAGUUUAUAAAUGAUUGUAUAACUACGCCCACGUUGCUGAUAGCAAAUAUGAAAUGGUUUCCUAUUGUCUCCAUUGCACUCGUACAGAUGUGCGUGCUGGGACCUUUGAUGCCACACCUUGCCAUCGUUUGAGUUUGGUUUGUUGUUUUUUUUGUCUUGAAAGGUGUCAAUUAUGUAACUGUAAAAAAACUUAUAUAACUGCUACUGUGCUGCCUGUUACAUAAGAUGAAUGCGUUUUACUUCAACUUAUAUAUUGUCCUGACCAGGACAGACUAUGGGUAGACUGGGUUUCUGUUACUGAAUAACAAUAGAGGAUUUGUAUGUUACUAUGCAUCAUUGACCACAACAGCAGUGUAUUUGUUUUUGGAAACACUGUAUAAUAUAGUGGAAUACUGCAGGAAACGCAGGAGUAACAACUGAGCAUUUUAGAGUAAAGUGAAGUAUGUUUGUAUGUAAACAUUGUAAACCAGUGAGUGUCCUCCUGGUUCAGUUUAGACUAAAGUUGUCCAGCACUGUUUUGUUUAUUUAAAGGCCUAUUUCAAAAAUAAAGCAUAUGUCAUAAACUA